AUGAAAACCCAAUUCGUCCUCUCUUUAGUUCUAAGUCUCCUGAUUUCAACAAGCUCAGCCCACGAGCACGGUAUAAGAAAGAGGCAUAGGAUAAACGAUCCCGCCAAGAGAAUAUACAUCGAAAAGAAUCCGAUAGAACCACAAAACCUAUAUACUCGAACCAACUCUUCUUCUUCUUCCUCUUCAAACUCGACUUCAACUUCACUACCUAAAGCUCCUUCAAGCGACGUAACGACAAUUUCCAAACCUAUUCCUAAACCACUCGACUUAUCUAUCUCCCCUUCCAAUUUAUCCGGAGGAUGUCUGACAUAUCUUACUUCGUUAUUGUCUUCAGAUGAUCUUCAAGAUUGUUUACCGCUAUCUUUACUCUUAACGACGUCAUCUGCAUACUCUUCGCUACUAUCUUCUUCGAUCCAAUCGGGAAAUUACACUAAAAUCAACAACCUUAUAAGUUACACUUCAUCUUCAACGAGGGAUAAAUGUGAUGAGUACUUCACAAGUGUCCAAUCCAGUUUAUCGUCAAAUAAGAAUUGCGGAACGGAUCUCAGUAAUAAGAAUCAGGUGGUUAAGGAUACACAAAUAGCUAUAGGAAAUUAUCAGUUGAUCAAAGAAUCUUCGAAAUUGACUGAUGAAGAGUCGGGAGUUUAUUGUUAUAUUGAAAGUAUGGCUGCUACAAGACCUGACGAUGCGUAUUUAUGGAGUUUACCAAGUGGUAUACCACUACCAUCAACAUCCAUACCAACUUGCUCAUCAUGCUCUAAAUCCCUCCUGAACACUUACAUGUCUUAUAUCCCCGAUACGUCUACGUUGAACUCGACAAUAGUGAAAUCUGCGAUAAAUCGAGUGAACGACGCUUGUGGUCAGGGUUUUGUCAAUCUCAGUGCGAUAGCUGUCAGUAGCAGUUCGGCUGGGUCAGUUAGUAUACCGCCAUAUCAGGCGUAUGCUGUGGUAGGGGUCAUCUUGUCAAUACUCCGCUUGAUGUUCAUCUAG